UGGAUAAAUGAAUGCUGUCGCAGCAGCCACAGUAGUACAAGCUGUAAUUUCGGCCUGGUAAGGUGGUCAGGUAAAAAUGAAAGGCAUUCAGUUAUUUUUAACCGUUGUUGUUAUUGCCUCUUGCUGGGCUGCUCUUAAUCCAACAUCAAGACAACAGCAAGAAAUAGAAGAACAUUUUCUUCCCCUUCAUUUGUCAAAGAUUGAUCCUCUUUCAGCUAGAGCCUUGAUGAGCAACGACUUUGAGAGUGGUUUCAUAGAUCCUUGGUACGAUGCUUCACCGUCGAAUGUCCAUUGGGUUGUCGAAGAUUUUGCUGCUCCAAACGAAGCCAACAAUCCGGCUCCUACGCCAUCGUUUGGCACCAAGUACCUGCGAGCAACUCGAAACGCUAACCUGAAUUCCGGCCUUCUCAUUUUACGCACGUUAAAAUUCACUGCCCUUCCCGCUGAUCAGAUCUCGAUCAGUUUCUGGAUUCGUUCAAAGUACACUGGACAGAACACUUUAGACCUUGUUCUCGACAACGGCGGAACGGAGAGUACUUUAUAUUCAUGGUCGAGUUACUCUACAUCAGUGAAUUUCGAAUGGCGAAAAUCAGUUCCUGUUCCCAUCCCUGUUGACGCAGCGACUGACGUGACGCUGAUAUUUUACGCCUACUGUGGUGGUAACCCAGAGGAUGCCAUCGCUAUCGACGACAUCGUUUUCGAAUCAAGCAACGUUCCUGCAACCACCCCUGUCUCUGAUGACUGCCAAGACUUUUUACAAGGCAACACUAGCGUGCCUUGCUGGAACCUGGAAGGGAAAUGCUACUGCUUUUCGACAAUCACAACCGAAAACUGGGGAGAGACAGAGAAAUUCUGCAAAGAUGGUGGCAUGAAUUUGUUAUCAAUCGAAACACAAGAAGAGAAUCAACUUAUCUACAAUCAUUGGCUGGCUAACCCAGAAGCCAUUAACAAACGUACUUACUGGACAUCUGGACGCUAUUGUCCAGAAACAGAGUGGCUAUGGAUUUGGAGUUAUGAGAGCGAUGGUAGAAAUUGUCAGCAGCAAUCUCAGUUCAAUUACAUCAACUGGGCCGAAAACGAACCUACUUGAUUGUGUUACCAAUCACCUUUUUGCAACACAGAUUUUAUGCUGUCGUUACGGCUUAUGGUCUCAUUUAACGACAACGGGAGAUGGUUCGACAUGGAAACAACACUGGGAUACAGUCAUGCUUUCAUAUGUGAAUCUACAUAAUUAUAGAAAGCCAUUGUGUCUUCUUUCUUGUUCUAUUAUUCCAAGUUGAGCGAAGAAGGCGUUGUUGAU